AUACUCCGAUCUUACUGGCUAGAUCAAAAUUUGAUGAAUUCACCAACCUUAACCUUCUCUCUCAUCUCCACGUGGCCGCCAACAACCGGCGAGUCACAGCCACUAUAAUAAUAUUUUACCUCCAAUCAAAACCAAAACAAGCCGCCACCACUUUACUCUACUCGCUCAUUCACUCACCAAUAAGCCUCACUUUUCAUCCGACGACGUCGUUCCGAGCUAGAAAUGCAGAGACUGGCUAUUCUCUAAGCUAGCUGAGAUACGAUCGCCGGGGAAAUCAUCCGUUGACAAAACUAGGGUUUUUGUUUCUGUUUCGAUGGCUUCGGAGGAUGUGAAGGCGACUGAAUCGGCUGUUUCUAAAAUUGUUAAUCUUGCUGAGGAAGCUAAGCUUGCUAGAGAAGGAGUCAAGGCUCCUAGCUAUGCUUUCCUCAGCAUUUGUAAGUCUCUCGUCGCCGGAGGAGUCGCCGGUGGAGUGUCACGUACAGCGGUUGCUCCAUUGGAAAGGUUGAAGAUACUGUUACAGGUUCAAAAUCCACAUAACAUAAAAUACAAUGGAACAAUUCAAGGUUUGAAAUUUAUAUGGAGAACUGAAGGUUUCCGCGGACUAUUUAAAGGAAAUGGAACUAACUGUGCUCGCAUUGUUCCAAACUCAGCUGUGAAGUUCUUCAGCUAUGAGGAAGCUUCCAAGGGAAUAUUGUAUUUAUAUCAACAGCAAACUGGCAAUGAAGAUGCUCAGCUUACUCCUCUUCUACGUCUUGGAGCGGGAGCUUGUGCAGGGAUAAUUGCCAUGUCUGCAACUUAUCCCAUGGAUAUGGUGCGAGGCAGGAUAACUGUACAGACGGAGAGUUCACCUUAUCAGUAUAGAGGAAUGGUACAUGCUUUAUCAACUGUGCUUCGUGAAGAAGGUCCACGGGCCUUGUACAGGGGUUGGCUUCCUUCUGUCAUUGGAGUUGUCCCAUAUGUGGGUCUCAACUUUGCUGUUUAUGGAUCUCUGAAGGAUUGGUUGAUUAAAUCAAAACCAUUUGGACUAGCUCAAGAUUCCGACUUAAGUGUAACUACAAGACUUGCUUGUGGGGCAGCUGCAGGAACUGUCGGCCAAACUGUUGCCUAUCCUCUUGAUGUGAUUCGCCGCCGAAUGCAGAUGGUGGGAUGGCAUAAUGCGUCAUCUAUUGUGACUGGCGACGGCAGGAGCAAGACCUCCCUUCAAUAUUCUGGCAUGAUUGAUGCUUUCAGGAAAACUGUUAAGUACGAGGGCUUUGGAGCAUUAUACAAGGGUUUAGUACCCAAUUCCGUAAAGGUAGUCCCUUCAAUAGCAAUGGCGUUUGUGACGUACGAGGUAGUGAAAGACAUUUUAGGAGUUGAGAUCAGAAUAUCAGACUAGACAGACAAACAGACACAUGAUGUUUGUUGAACAAGUGUGCUAUUUUUGUAGACAAGAGCAUAGGGAGAAAGGUAAACAACAACCUAGGAUAAUUUUAUUCCACAAUUCUCUCUGAUUGAGUUUAAAGCUGUGUUAUUUUAUAAAUUGUUUCCAUGAGAAAAUGCUGUUAGCUUCCAGCUUCUCAUUUAUAUGCUGUGUUGAUAAUAAUGUGGAGGCAACAACUCAAAUAAUGCAAUUGUAUGGAGUUGCAAAAUAUUUUUCUCGUCUUGCUCGGAAAUAACUAGUUUCGGAUUGGCCCGACUUCAAUCA